UGUUGAAUAAUUAUAUACUGCUCAUAAUUAGAUAAAAAAAGUAUUUGGACACUUAAGACUAUUCUGGUUGUCACAAUUAAUUAAUGGCUAGUUCAGCCACGCUUCUCUGUCACACAUAGUGUACACAUAGUUUUUUUUUUUUUUUUUUUGGUCUAAUUACAAAAAAACACCAGUGACUGCAGUAUGUCUUUACGCUCCAUUCCAAGAUUGAAGAAAAAAUUAACAUCUCCAUGUUUGGUUUCCAGUGACUAAAAUGGUGUAAUUCAAUUGGUUUCUCUGUUCUAAGCUUGCUACAAGUAAAGUAUUUAAUGGUUAUUUAAUAGAUCUCCCAGGCUUGUCACAUCUUGUUAAAAUAUAACCACCAUCAGCUCAGUAGCUUAAUUUCAAACAAUUUAUUGACAAGUUUUUUUUCUUUCUUUAAUGCUAAUGAGUCAGAAUCCAAAGAACAUCGCGUAGACAGCAAAUGCUCCACAUGCUGUCCAAAUGGCUGGGUGAAAUAUGAGAGACGAUGCUUCUCGUAUCAGGCCGGAAUGGACUGGGCUUCUGCUGAGAAACGCUGUCUAGCUCUCGGUGCACACUUGGUCUCAAUCCACAACGAAAAACAAUAUCAACUGGUUAAGGCCGUUAUCCGUUAUCAUGACCCCCGGGAGAAUCCAACAUGGAUUGGCCUCAGUGCCUGUCAGAAGAGAAAUAACUUUUUUUGGUCUGAUGGCACCAAAUUGACUUACACCAAGUGGAGUCCAAAUGAACCCAAUUUUAAAAGUGGAGAGUGCUGUGUGCAUAUGAACUGGAGUGGCAGUAAGAACUGGAACGACAUUCCGUGUCAUCACAGCUAUCCCUUUGUGUGCACCAAGAGUAUUUACUGAAAUGCUCCCAGCUUCACCUUACCAACUAUAAUACAAUAUUGGAAAGGUUUUCCUUGUCACUAAUGGAUUUACAAAAAAAUUACUGUGGCAACUUACCAUAAAUAGAGCAAGAAAAAAAAUCUUUAAAAAAAAAUAAAAUAAAUUGUAUUUCAUUAAUGGGUAUCAUUUUGGUGUCAUUCUUAAAUACACUCUCAGAACAAUAAAUACAUCUAGCUCAUGCACUGAUCCGGCACGUAGGAUCACACAAUAAAUGGUUUCAUCUUCAAGAAAAGUUCCAAAAAGAAUACUUUCAUCACAAC